AUGCGCUACGUCACCGCGCUGCUAGCUGCCGCGCUGUCUGCCGCGCUAUCUGCCGCCCAGUCGCACGCGUAUCUAUAUACAAGUGCAGGAGGAAACGUAACCAGCAAGGAAGGCGCCGAGCCGGAGCCCGCAGGAGACCAGCUCGACGCCGACGACGAGGGGGACUCCGCUUCUUUUGCGGUAACCACUACUCUUAUGGGCCACCAUUCGGUAAUUCGAUUAACAUGGGUAAUUAGGAAAUUCAUUUCCAAGACUGCCGUCACGCUUACAGAAUAUGUUAGAACUUCUCGUGAACGAUCUAUUAUUUCCGACUUGCCCUGAGUCGAGAAUAAUAGAUCGUCCGCCGGAACGAAGAUUCUUUUUAUCAAAAAGGUAUCCUGUUAUUAACGUUUCAUUACUAUUAUAGGAUAUAAUAUAGGGUACAAAAUCGUGAAUCAUAAAUAAUCGAAAAAUAUGUAAUCAAACAUUGAGGUAAUCCACUCAUGCGUCAUGUCAAGUGUCAUAAAUCGCAAUUAUUGCCGUCUCAUCGAUACUCGCACUCCUGCCCGUGUGUAC